AGUUGACAAGUGCGCCUCCCCCUCCAAACGCUGUUUGACAUACCCAUCGUUAUGGGCUUCGCCUCUGGCAGUUUCUUUUUUUAAAAGGCAAGCUCAAAGCCACAGAUUACACAUUCUGCUCGCAAACCGUGCGGGUAAAAUAACCGAGCGGAGCGCGGCGGCAGCGGGGAAUCUCUUUUCUUUCUCUCCUUUGGAGACGAGCAGGCUUGCGCGUAAAAACUGCACUGGCCAUCACUGAAGUGAGAGAGAGAGAGAGAGAGAGAGACGUGGUGUCUGGAUGAUUUUUUUUUUUUGUAUUAUUUGAAUACAUUGCUGACUGCACGGGGUGAAAGACAGAGCGGGGGGGAGCAGUGAGACUGUCUGGCUGGAUCGCGAGCAUCGGAUGCGGUGACCAAUUUGGGACUUGCGCGCAACGCACCUGUGGAUGCGACAACAGCAAAACACGCACACGCACACACACACACACACACACACACACAUCCGUUGGUUUGACUCAAAUCUCUGGACAAGCAAAAGGAUUCGCGAGAUCUAUAGGUGAUAACCGUUGCGAUCAAGACACCCUGCAGUCUUUACGCGCGCCAUGCUGUCGAGCGCUCCCUUCCUGCUGCUGCCCCUGCUGAGCGUCGCCGGCUGCGGCGCGUCGUUCGUGCCUUGCGAGCCGUGCGACCAGAAGGCCCUGUCCAUGUGUCCGCCGGUGCCGGUGGGCUGCCAGCUGGUGAAGGAGCCCGGCUGCGGCUGCUGCCUGACGUGCGCGCUCGAGGAGGGCCAGCCGUGCGGCGUGUACACCGGGCCGUGCACGCGCGGGCUCCGCUGCCUGCCGAAGAACGGCGAGGAGAAGCCGCUGCACGCGCUCCUGCACGGCCGGGGCGUGUGCAGGAACGAGAAGUUGUUCAAGCUGCUGCAUUCGUCAAAAGACGAGAGUCACGAUGACGCCCGGCUCCCCGUCCCUGAGUCAAUGGUGCCCCAGACUAAGGUGCCCUUAUAUGGAAGGGACCACAUCAGCAGUCGGAAGGCCCAGGCCAUGAGGCAGGCCAAGGACCGCAAGAAGCAGCUGGCCAGGCUGGGGCCCGCCAGCAACCUGGACUUCUCACCGUUAAGCCUGGAUAAACUGGACCCCGAGUUUGGGCCCUGCAGGAGAAGAUUGGAUAAUCUCAUUCAGAGUAUGAAAGACACUUCUCGGGUCUUUGCUCUCACUCUGUACAUCCCCAACUGUGACAAGAAGGGCUUCUUCAAGCGCAAACAGUGCAAGCCCUCGCGUGGUCGUAAAAGGGGGAUCUGCUGGUGCGUCGACCGGUUCGGCGUGAAAAUCCCCGGCAUCAACUACGCUGGCGGAGACCUGCAGUGCAAAGAUCUCGACAGCAGCACCAACAGCAACGAAUGAGAGUGGAGAGCAGCCGUGCUCGUCGAACCCCCCUGCUAAAAAACCUGCCAAACAAGCUUUGCACACUUGAUCACUGCCAGUCUGGAGAAUAUGGCACAGAUGCUUAUAUAUGGUCAGGUGUGACAGACUGCAUUAUCGUUUUUUGUUUUUUUGGUUUCGUUUUGUUUUUCCAAGGGGAGCCAAACUGAAAUUCUUACUUAGAGGAAGGUCUGCCCAUGUAGGCCUGGCUCCCCACUGACCGUGUACCAUUCUCUUUAUAUCCAUAGAUAAUAGAGAAGUAUAUAUAUAUAUAUAUAUAUGUGUAUAUAUAUAUAUAUUUGUAUGAUAUAGAUAAUGUGUUGUGUGCUGAGUCUAAGUCUAAAUUUACUCAGAAAUCAUGAGACAAGACAUAUUUACAAUGUGGCUGAAAUCAAUAUGUUUUUUUCUGUUUCGAUGAUCAACACAGAAAGUUGGACAAUUAGCAGACAUUAGCAAUGUUUUCCUGAUUGUUAAUCAUGUGAAUGCCAUUUCAUCCUGCCCUCAGCCCAAUGUCACGGAGCACAGUCCUUCUUUGCUGGGACCAAUGAAUGAUGCAGCUUUGUCCAGAACAACUAGAUCGAAGUCUGUGCUCGGAACCCCGAGAAUCCAUCCAUAAAAAAAUCCCUAGAAAUUUAGCAACGAAUCGUUAAUUCAAUGAGGAAUUUCACAACUGCAUGCUGUUUCGUGAUUUUAUGGAAAUGUUUUAGUUUUCCAGAUAGAGAUGUUUAUUUUGUUAUUCUCCGUCAGUCCUGCUCUGAAGCGUCGUCAUCGUUCGGCCACCGUCAGAGCUUCUGCUUGUCAAACCGGAUGUUCGCCGGUGAAGCAGUUGGUAGUGAAAGCUUUGUCUCUUUGUUGGAUUUAUGCCCAACUCGUGAUUGAAACAGAUAUAGUGUACUGUGACAGGUCAGAUAUUUGAAAGGCCUUUUUUCCAGUCCUGACAACUGCAUCCACUGUUUGUAAAUGUAGUUACAGUGUGUGGAUGUGUGUGUGUGUGUGUGUGUAUGCUCCUGAGAGUGUAUGAUCUGUAUGUGUGUGUAUACUGUAUGUACCAUGCCCUUAUAGUUCUCAACGUGAAAAAGCUCUGGUGUCAAUUCUCAGCCGUACACAAGCUACCGGCCGGCAAAACGUGGCGCCGUGCACUUCCCUCCACAGCUCCCACACAAAUCGUAUGCAAAGGCCCCCCAAAGGCGUUGUUUAUUUUUCCACGCGCAGGGGGUCGUCGCCGCCACCACACAGGCAAAUGGCCACUUGCUCUCAGGGGUUGAUCGGUUCCUUUAAUCCCGCUAAGAGCAAGGUCGCCGAGUUUGUAUGGAAAUUCAAGUGCCUUCUGCCCCGCGCCACUUUGAAUUUCAAUUUGCAUGAGGAUCCAGCGCAAAGAGAGGAAAAACAAUUUCAGGUGGUCUGACGGAUUUUUUUUGUUCUCAUGGUUGUCGGUUGCAGACAAUGAUGAGAGCAUGAGAUCUUCCAGUCAAGCACUUCUGAACGAAUGAUGACAGAGUAAAAGUAUAUUUAGGUAUAGAUCCCUUUUUUGUUCAGUCAAUGCCUCGUGUAAUAUCAGACAUGUCAGUGUCUAGUCACUCCAUUGUGAUAGUAGGAGCUUGGACAGGGGCUCAUCAGCCUGUUCUUCCCUAAUGAAGCACCUCUCUCAUGCUUUAGAUUCUAAAAGACGUGACACAACAGUGACAGUUUGAUCAUUUCAGAAUCUCAGCUUUAAAAAAAAAAAAAAAAAGAUUAAUGUGAACAUUAUGGUGAAAUAUUUAUCAGCAGUGUAAUUGAUGUACUCUUUUUUUUGUAACUACAAAUCACUAUUUAAAUAAAGCUCAUGUACUAACGUAAAA